AUGUUUUCCAUGGGGAAGUCUCAGAGUAAUGAUAUUGUCAGUGGAUUCGAUAUACGAGUGAAUUCACCCUAUAAAGACCUGAUACUGGUGCAGGGGAACAAUGUGCUCGAGUUCCACGAUGGAGUGAUACCGUUGAGUGGGACCGUGGAUUUUGAAUUGGCCAAGGAUUUGAUAGUGAAGAAAGUGGACUUGUCGUUGAUUGGCGUUUACAAACUGGAGUUCAUCCAGAAGAGCAGUUCCAACGUCGCCGUCGUGAAGGAGAGACGAGUGAUUUUCCAAUGUAACUGGUCCAACCUCUUACUGAGCCAAAAUGGGGAAAUUGAGGUGCACGAGUCGUCUAGGACCAACCCGCAUGGAAGUGGUGGUGGCAGCGGUACCACUAGCACCGGCAGCAGUGGUAGUAGUGGUAGUAAUGGCAGUAGUUUUGGAGUUGGUGUUAAUGGGAGUAGUACUCCAUCAAUGAUUUCCCUUGGGAAUCGAUUCAAAUUGAAGAGGACUCUGUCCUCAUCCAAGAUUAUCCCCAUUGCACCGACUUGCAAUGAGACGCCACUGCCAGAAUACAUCAAGCCCGGAUCCUCAUCGCACCACUACUUCAAUUUACAAGCGGGCAAAUAUUCUCUGCCCUUCAGUGCGAUGCUCCCCAACGAUAUACCGGAGACUGUGGAAGGUUUACAAAGUGGGAGUGUACUCUAUACGUUGCAGGCACGUCUUGACGCACACAACAAUGGGAACUCGACGACGAUAGACACGAACGACCCACGGUUCCGCAAGUACAAGUAUCUCCGUAUUUUACGGACUCUAUCCUCGAACGACAUGAGUAUCGACGAGGAGGUCAAAGUCGGUAAAACGUUACCUGGAAAAUUACAGUACGAAAUCUGCGUACCGAGCAAAGCGAUCCCCAUAGGUUCUCAGAUCCCGUUGAGUAUAAAGAUCUUCCCCUUCAGCAAGCACUUCAAGAUUGUCAAGAUCAGCAUCGUACUGUUCCAGUACUACCUAAUCCGCGAUGCGAACGAACAAGUGUACGACAACGAGUCCGUUGUGUUCAAGAAGAAAAUGGUUCAAUUCGGCGACUUGGUCUCGUCACCCGAGAACCGACUACUGACAGAGUUUAUCCUGGACUCUCGAGUCGCUUUGCCUGACCAUCUGAGGAAAGUGACCCAAGACUGUGACAUACAACAUAUACAAGUGAGACACAAGUUACAAGUUCACCUUCAAUUGCAAAGACAAGACGGCACAGAGUGGCGUAACCUCGAGAUCAAAGCGACGAUCCCGAUAAUCAUGUACAUUUCACCACUGGUACCGAUGAGGGGCCGCCUCGUGCUGUACGACCAACUCAACGGGAACAUCCAUUUCCGAUCCGGAGAACUGGUGGACCUCUUUGGCCCGCCCGUACCACAAGACAGCAGCAACACCACCGCGGCAGGUAUGUUACACCAGUACUACGACGACGGGAUCCCCCCACCGACAUACGAGGAACACAACAGAGACGUACCCAUUGUGGCGGUCCCAGCGGGCACGAUGAGCCCGCCGCCAACGGCUGGCGAGCCGAACCCAGUGACCACUGGGUUAGACACAUUACAGCACCAUGCGAGUAGCGUGCCAAGUUACGAGCAGGCGACGACAGACGCACAAGCAGAAUGA